AUGACUGUCUCGCUCGGUGUUAUGAAUUUGAUUCUGGCAGUGGUGGUGGAGAAGGCUGCAGAGGCCAGAGAGAAUGAUCAAGAAAGGAAGAUGGAACAGAAGGAGAACGAGCGCGAACGAAACAUGAUCGAGCUGGCUAUCCUUUGUGACCGGAUGGACAAUGAUGGCAGUGGUGCUCUAUCCUUGAAAGAGAUGUUGGAUGGCUUCGACACGGACAUGAACUUCAAGUCCCUCAUGGCCUUUAUGGACAUUGAGAGGGAUGACAUGCAGACCAUUUUCAAAGUCCUAGACUGCGACGGCUCCGGGGAG